UCUCUCUCUCUCUCUUCUCUUCUCUUGCCAUGCUUUCCCAGCUUGCAAGCCAAACUAAUCUAUAGUCUUGUACUCAAUUCAAUCAUCUUCUUCUCUUCUUCUUCUUCUUCUUCACUUGCUAACUUGAUCAUUUUGCAUGCAUGGAUGUCUCUAAGUUUAACCCCAAUUUCCAGAUCAUGGCUGGUAGUCAUAGACUGGAAGACAUGUUAGGAGAGUGUCCUAAAGAACAGCAACAACAACAACAACAACAACAACAAGAAAAGAAACCAAAACCAAACCCAGAAACAUCAGUGAAGUGUCCAAGAUGUGAGUCCACAAACACAAAGUUUUGUUACUAUAACAACUACAGCCUCUCUCAGCCAAGAUACUUCUGCAAGGGUUGCAGAAGGUACUGGACUAAAGGUGGAUCCCUUAGGAAUGUCCCAGUUGGUGGUGGCUGUAGGAAGAACAAGAAGUCCUCUAAAAGAACUCAAGACCAUCCCUUAAUCACUUCUCCUCUUCCUCCCUUCCCUGCUAACCCUAACCCUAACCCUAAUUUCCCUAAUCUUAACUCUGGCUUUCUUGAUAUUCUAAGAAAUGGAUUCCUUGACACCACCACCAGUAACAACAACAACAACAACAACAACAACAAUAACUACAACCACAACAACCUCUGCUAUGGGUUUGAUGGAGGAUUCAUGGGCAGUAGUGCUAGCCAAGAGGAGAACAAAGUGUUGAUGGGUCUUCAAUGGCAACUUGGUCAUGUUGAUGUGGAUUCAGCUGGAGUUGGUUCAUCUUGGCAUGGUCUUCUCAACAGCUCCUUCAUUGGUUAAACACAUACUCUACUAUUAAUACCUUUUGUAUUAAAUUAUAACCUUCUAGUUUCUUCUUAUCUAUAUAUAUCUAUAUCUAUAUCUAUAUAUAUAUAUAUAUAUAUAUAUAUAUAUGAGCUUUGGUGUUGUUUUCAAGACCUUUAUCUUUUAUGUCUUGAACUUUGUAUUCAUGAUAGAUAGCCAUUGUUGGAGCUUGGGAAGGAAAAGGAAAUAUAAUAGGAGUAGGGUAAUGGAGAUGAAUGAAGAAAGGUAAAAUACAACCUAGGAUGUGAUAUUGGAAUGGUGGCAUGGAAGUAGAGUUCAAGAGAGAAAUGAUAAGAGUGGGAUCCAUAUCAUUGUGCACCACCUUUGGAGCAUGUGAAGCAAAGGUCAUGAGGGGUGGGGGAAUGUAUGUAUUACAGCGUGCGCAAGGCCAACCAUAAUGCUUGCAUGCGCUGCACGUGUCCCCAUGCACAUGCUUUCUUCUUCAUUAUGACUUUCAUUACAAGCUUUGUGUAAGUGGGGUAAGUGAUGUGAAAACCAUGUUCAUUUGAGGUGUUCAUUGGAAGCAUUGGCUUUGGCUUUAGCUUUAGCUUUAGUGAGUCCUGUUUAUAUAUAGUUGAAUGCUUUUGAAGAUCUAUAUAUAUAUAUUUAUGUAUGAAUAAAGUUAUCUUUUAUCAUUGCCUUGUUUAUCUUUUUAGGGAGAUGAACAUUUUGGGCUUGUUAAUUUGCUUGUCUUUGAAUUAUAUAUAUAUAGUUUCAGAAUUGGGUUAGAGUUC